AUUUUUUUUCAUGACGUUGAACUAAAAAAAAUUAAAUCCACAAGUGAAAGCAAAAAAGACAAGGGAGAGAGGUCUCUCCCCCUCUCCGUCUCCUUCCCACACACACACAAACAGAUGGUCAUCUUGAGCAGGUCGUGGGUAGCCACCGUGAACCACCACCACCAUGCAAACCCCCACAGCUUCACCACCUCUCCGACCAAACCUGUUUUCUUCCUUACCCAAAAGCCUCACGUCUGCUCGUCUCGAUGCUCUCUAGUUCUCGAGGAAGAUGAAAAGAAGUCACCCGGUCGGAAACAAGACAACAAGUGGCCAUUUUUCGAACCUGCCCCGGACGUCCUUAACCGGGUCUUAUCCAAGUACCUCCAAGACCCGAAAACCCACAAAGUUUCUUCAGAGUUCUACGAGAAAGCUAAAGAGAACUCAGAGCUGAGGACCACCAAGCAUCUCAUCAACCACUUGGUGAGUUCCAAGAACUGGGACUUGCUCGUCUCUCUUUGUGAGGAUCUCAGGGAACACAAAGCCUUGCCUGAUCUUCAUACCUCUUCCCAGCUUAUCAGAAGCUGCAUCAGACAAGGGAAAUUCAGGAUUACGCAUUACUUGCUUAACGUGUUUAGAACAGACAAAACACUGGCGGUUUCUUCAUCUGAUGCAGCGAUGAAAGGGUUUAACAAGUUACAGAUGUAUAGCAGCACGAUCCAAGUGUUUGAUAGGAUGAAACAGCAAGAGGUUGAGCCGAGCCCUGGCUGUUACUGCAGGAUCAUGGAGGCUCAUGAGAGGAUUGGUGAUAGUCAAAAGGUUGUUGAGUUGUUUCAAGAGUUUAAGAGUAAGAGGUUGAGUUUCUUGGCUAAAGAAUCAGGCUCUAUCUACACGGUCUUGUGCUCGUCCCUUGCGAAAUCAGGACGAGCACUCGAAGCUCUGGAGUUCUUGGAGGAGAUGAAAGAUAAAGGCAUUCCUCAGAGUAGUGCAUUGUACUCUACUUUAAUCCGCGCCUUAGCAGAAGCACGCGAGGUUAUGGUGGUGGAGAAGCUGUUCAAAGAGGCAGGUGAGAAGAAGAUGUUGAAGGAUCCGGAGAUGUGUUUGAAGGUUGUGUUGAUGUACGUCAGAGAAGGGAACAUGGAGAGGACUCUAGAGGUCGUGGCCGCGAUGAGGAAGGGAGAGUUAAAGGUAACCGACUGCAUUCUCUGCGCCAUUGUGAAUGGAUUCUGCAAGCAGAGAGGCUUCACAGAAGCGGUCAAGGCUUACGAGUGGCUUACAAAGCAAGAAUGCGAGGCGGGGCAAGUGACUUACGCAAUAACAAUCAACGCAUACUGCCGGCUAGAGGAGCACGACAAGGCCGAGAAGCUGUUCGAAGAGAUGGUGAAUAAAGGGUUCGACAAAUGCGUCGUGGCGUACUCGAACAUAAUCGAUAUGUACGGGAAGACGAGGAGGCUGAGCGAUGCGGUGAAGCUAAUGGCUAAGAUGAAGCAAAGAGGAUGCAGACCCAACAUUUGGAUUUACAACUCAUUGAUCGAUAUGCACGGAAGGGGUAUGGACUUGAGGCGGGUGGAGAAGAUAUGGAAAGAGAUGAAGAGGAUGAAGGUGUUGCCGGAUAAGGUGAGCUACACGAGCAUGAUCAGCGCUUACAACAGAGCGAAAGAGUUCGAGGCGUGUGUGGAGCUUUACCAUGAGUUUAGGAUGAACAGAGGAAAAAUCGAUAGGGCCAUGGCGGGGAUCAUGGUUGGCGUGUUCUCGAAAACCAGCAGGAUCGAUGAGCUGAUGAGGCUGCUGCAGGACAUGAGAGUCGAAAGAACUAGGCUCGACGCCAGGCUGUAUUCCUCUGCUUUGAAUGCUCUCCGCGAUGCUGGUCUUAACUCACAGAUCAGAUGGUUGCAGGAAAGCUUUGACAUAGCACAAACUAGUGCUUCAAGUUCAAGAUAUUCGAAUGUAAAGAACAAAAGAACUUUGCAGGGUUCUUGAGUUGAAAAGGAAACUGUACAAGUCAAGAUUCUUUUGUAAACUAAAUGUAUUAUCUUGCAAAUAGAAGAUUUCAAUCUAAA